CUAUUGAACAUAUAUUUAUUUAUAAAAAAGUAGUGACAUGUUAUUAUAUACAUCUUGUUUCCCUUAAAUUAUGCUAUUGAACAUAUAUAUUUAAAUAAAAGUAGUGACUGAAAUUCCAUAGCCAGCUCCCUCCCUUGAAUGCUUGACAUGUUCCGGAUAGUGGAAUAUCUGAUCUGGUCUGCAGAGAGUGGGAAGUCGACCAAAUAAUUGACUAAAUAAAUAUGCUUCUGAUUUUUCAUUGAAUUAAAAACAGUAAAAUGUAUCAAAUCUAUCAUACUUACAUGAGAAUCGAAGGAAACCAUCAUUUAGGAUUAACUAUGAGAACUUUGCUGACCAUAAAUGUUAAAAAAAAAAGAACACCAGAAAAGCAUAAAACUUAAUCUACCUUAUGGGUUGCUCGACAAGUUAAACGGAUUCUCUCAUGGGCCGCUUGACUCAACCAUUUAAUAUAAAAGUAUGAUAACAUCCAUCACAUUUUACUUUUCAAAAAGCAUAAGCCUAAUUUUCAACAAUCAUACUCACUAAGGGAAAUUUCUCAAAUCGUCCAAUAUAAAUCAAAACUACUACAUUUUUUUUCCAUAUAAUAUCAAUUCUCACUUCCAAAUUGCGAAGAAUGUUAUGAUGCCUCCCUACUAAAACAUGAAAAAUGUGUUAGAUUAUAUCAGUACGCAUCUAUGAAAAUCUUCUGUUUUUUCUUGAAGAUGUAUUCAAAAUCAAAGCAUCACUAUCUCAAAUUAAUUAAUCGAAUAGAUUACAAAACCGAAAGAAUUGGUCAAAAAAUUUGCCUCCCUAUUGAUAUGAGUAUUUCGAGACCCUGAGUCUCUAUUCUAAAGUUUACCGGAAUGCCUGGACUAGAAUGACAUGUUGCCGAUCAGUCGAAGCCGUCACAAAAAGUAACUGAACUACAAUAUGGUUUAAAUCAAGUUACAAUUAUAUCUUUUUAGUGUCUCAAUUCCUGUGUUGAUUAGAACGCUUGAAUAGUGUGUCAUACCAUCGUGUAUCUUCUUAUAUUCACAUACUAAUCUCGCAUUCAAAUCUCAUAACACUUGGGUGCUCUGGAUGUGAGAGAAGGAUUUUUUUUUUAACUAAUAUAAACAUAAGAAAACAAGACCUCGUCUUAAUUUAUAGGGCACACAAUUUUUUUUAAUUUUAACCAUAUUUAAUUAUUUUUAAAUGUAGACUGACUGACUCAUCAUCUAUUUUUGUAAUGGAGCCACUUGUCGGCUUCCACAUGUUUCCUUCUUCUUAUAGAAUAAAAGUAUCGGGGAAAGUAAUUUAUUACCACUUACCGGAGAAUAUUAAAUUGUUAAUCUUGGUUCGAAUAGGAAGGGAAAAAAAAAAAAAAUAAUGACGAUAAGGUACAGAGAAAGGUCAACGGUCGCAUUUAGCGGUAUUAGUGAACAGUAAACACAGAGCAACACAGAGAGAGAGACUGAGAGAGCGCGCGGUUGUUGAGAAAUAGAAACAAGCUCCGGCGGGACCCACCGCCAUAGCCACCUCUUCCACUCCAUAUAAAAGCUCUGCCAUUCCUCCACCAAUCUUCCACCACCACCACCACCACUAACUCUCUCCCAACUUCCGACUACCCGAUCCUUUAUCCUUCACCGGAAUUCGGGAAAAAAACAAAAUGGGUUCGACGGCGGAAACCCAGAUGACGCCGACCCAGGUCUCCGACGAGGAAGCCAACCUGUUCGCGAUGCAGCUCGCCAGCGCCUCCGUCCUCCCCAUGGUGCUAAAAUCGGCGCUCGAGCUCGACCUCCUCGAGAUCAUUGCCAAAUCCGGCCCGGGUGCUUGCCUUUCCCCCGCCGAAAUCGCCGCCCAGCUCCCCACCAAGAACCCAGAAGCUCCCGACAUGCUCGACCGCAUCUGCCGACUCCUCGCAUCCUACUCCGUCCUCACUUGCUCCCUCCGCACCCUCCCCGACGGCACCGUCCAGCGGCUCUACGGCGCCGCACCAGUCUGCAAGUUCCUCACCAAGAACGAGGACGGCGUCUCCAUCGCCGCGCUCGCGCUCAUGAACCAGGACAAAGUCCUCAUGGAGAGCUGGUACCACUUGAAAGACGCGGUGUUGGAUGGAGGGAUCCCGUUCAACAAGGCAUACGGGAUGACAGCAUUCGAGUACCACGGGACCGACCCGAGAUUCAACAAGGUGUUCAACAAGGGCAUGUCGGAUCACUCCACCAUCACCAUGAAGAAGCUCUUGGAGUCGUACACCGGCUUCGACGGGCUGAAAUCGCUGGUCGAUGUUGGUGGUGGCACCGGAGCUGUCCUCAGCAUGAUCCUCUCCAAGCACCCUUCCAUCAAGGGGAUCAACUUCGAUCUCCCCCACGUCAUCGAGGACGCCCCUCCGCUGCCUGGCGUCCAGCACGUUGGCGGCGACAUGUUCGCCAGCGUCCCCUCCGGUGACGCCAUUUUCAUGAAGUGGAUAUGCCAUGAUUGGAGCGACGAGCACUGCCUGAGGUUCCUGAAGAACUGCUACGACGCGCUGCCGGCGAACGGGAAAGUGAUCGUGUGCGAGUGCAUCCUCCCCGUGGCGCCGGACUCGAGCCUGGCGACGAAGAACGUGGUGCACAUCGACUGCAUCAUGCUGGCGCACAACCCGGGCGGGAAAGAGAGGACGCAGGCGGAGUUCGAGUCGCUGUGCAAAGGCGCCGGAUUCAAGGGCUUCAGGGUGCUCUGCUCUGCUUUCAACACCUAUGUCAUGGAGUUCCUCAAGACUGCAGCAUAGAAUCGAAUUGAAUCUCCGGCCACAUUGAUAUCUCUCAGUCGUUUCGUCUCUGUAUUGUCUUUGGGUGUUCUGUUAUGUGAAUUUGAUUGAAGUUGUUUCUUCUACUUUUUUUUACUUUCACCUCUCCACGAUUAGGUAAAAAUGGAAGAUAGAGUGAAUUGAAGAGUAAGACAGUAUAAAAGAAGGGCAAUGCAGCAAAAAUAAUGGUAAAAAUGGAAGAUAGAGUGAAUUGAAGAGUAAGACAGUAUAAAAAAAAGGGCAAUGCAGCAAAAAUAAUGGUAAACUUGUUUGGUGAAUGAAAUGCAGAGUUAUAUAUUUGUUCGAUGGAAUGAACUCUAUCCCCCUGUUUCCGAAGUAGGGGAGGAAAAGGAGGGGAGGGGAGGGAGAAUUUGGAGGGGAAGGAAAAUUGGAGGAGAAGAGAAUUGGAGAGAAAAUGUUGUUUUAUGGAGGAAAGUGAAAGAGAUAGUGGGAGGGAAAAAGUAUAUAGGAAAGUGUGAUAGAUAUGUUAUUUUAUUGAUUAUGUAAUAGUAAGUAUGUGUAAAAAAUGCGAAAAUGAAUAUUAUGAAUAACCAAUUUCUACAUAACCAUGAUCAUUUUUAUUAUUUGUUAACGGAACAUAAAUUGUUCAUUUAACUUAAUUUUAUUUUUUCAUACAAAUUUUGAUAACCUUUGUAGUACAAGACGACGUUCAUUCUAUAAAAAAUGUAUCACUCUGAUGUCGUUUUACUUGAAACUUACCACACAUUUACGUUCCACGUAAUUGUGUAAAAUAAUAUUUUGUGUGACUCAUGUGAGCCCGUCAAUUUAAAAAAAUUCUCAUAUAAAUUGGAUUAGCUCUACUGUACAAAAUGACAUCCAUUUUGUAAAAAUUCCCCUCUUAUAUCGUUUUUACUAUGAAUGUAACAAACUCUUAUAUCUAACGUAACUAUUUUAUGUAUCGUGUAAGACAACACUAUAUAUGACGUAAAUCACCCAUUUUGUUCGGUUCGAUCCGGUCUAAAUAUCCAAUAAGUAGAUAAACAUCUUGCAUUCUUGCUAUAAAUUUCAAGUUUAUCAAAUUUGUCGUAUGAAACAUGUCUACAUAAAAUACCAUUUAACUAUCAUGUCAUAACGAAAAUAAUUUGAUCAUUGGUUAUGAAUUGUAGAUUAAAUUUUUACUUUCUUACUAAUUUUGGUCACUAUUAAAAAUCAAAAGUAGAAUAGUACGGAAAUAUGUCGACAGUUAGAUCUAAUGGUUGACCGUUACUUCUAUAAAAAAUCAUCAAUUUGAAUUCAAACUAAAAUUCCGUUAUAUCGUUAUAUUGAUUCGUGAUUUUCGUACUAAUUCACUAUGAUAUAUAAGUUAACAAACCAUUAUUUUAAUAAUGAGGAGUAAUCCCAAUUAUUCAGCUAAAAUGGAUAACAAAUUGUAAUGACUUCUAUCAUUAUCUAAAACCCUCCGCCGUCUUCUUUUCAUUUUGUAUGAUUCCUUUUCCUAUUUUAAUAAAACAAUAAAUAUCUUAGAAUCACUUCUUAAUCACAAAUCUUUUUUCCUCUGCCUUUCCUUGCCAAUUUAUUAUUAUUAUUAUUAUUAAAAUUGAGCUAUCCAAUUCCUACGGGCUACAGAGAUAAAAGAGAGCAGAAAGAAAGAAAGAAAGAAAAGAGAGAUUGGUACAAACAAACAAAAAAGACAAGGGAACUCAUUAUUUUCCCUCCGAUUUGGGGGUGAGACUAGCACAGUACGCGGCCCCUCCACUUUCCCUCACCUCUGUACUGUAGAACAUUUCGGAAACGGGGAAAAUUUUACUGGAACCCACAAUUCCCUCCUUUUCCUUUCCUUUCUCUCAUUUUGCCUGGCAAAGAAACAAGGGGUAUAGGA